AUGGGGAAGAUCCCAUUAAAUAUAAAGGAUGGGCAUAGAGGCCCAUCAUGCGAAAAUGCCACAAUAUUCACUAGUCGGGUGAGCUGGAUUAUAAGAGUACAUGCGGAUAUGAGACAUGCAAGUUGGAAUGUGAUAGAUGAGAAGGAGAAGCACGAGCUCAUCAAUCGUGUUAGAGUAGGGGUUCCAAAAUUUGUGGCUGACUUCGUGUUGGAUUGGAGUAGAGACAAUCAUCGCAAAGCUGUAGUAAACACACUAGCUGAUAGGUACAACGCUUACCACUAUGAAUUACACAAGCACUACAAGAAAUUUGAUUCGCAUGAGAAGGCAUUAGCUGGUGAGGAGGCUUGUAAUAUAAUAGAGUUUUACAAAGAAACACACUGGUCCAAUAAGAAGGGUAAAUUCAUCAAUGCAGCUAGUGAACACAAUUAUAAUCUGAUGCUUGAGAGGUUGGGUGAGAAAGAAACUGAAGAGGAUGUUGAACUUGACAAUGGUGAUGUUUUCAAAGAGGUGUUGGGGUUCAAAUCUGGCUACGCACUAGGUCUGGGCCACUCUGUCAUACCUGAGCCCUCCCCAUUCCUGAAAAAGAACAAGGCAUUCAAACGUAUAGUUGAGGAGAAUGAAAGGAACAAGGAAUCUGCUGACUUAUAUAAGAGUAAACUAGAAUCACUGCUGGGUGAUAUGGCUGAGCUGCGAAAACAGUUUUCUGAGCAUGACAAACAAAUCAUGGCCAUAUCCUCACAUUUGGGGUCAAGUAGGGAGUCUCAACAAGAGACUCAAGGAGAUUUAUAAAAUUCCUAAUAUAUUGAAAAGGUUUUUUGAAGAAGGUCAUGGGGAUAUAACUAGUUUUUGUUCCCCCUAUUGGAAAUGAAAACAAUUAUAAUGUAUUUAUUUUGAUCAACUGUGGGGAAAGUUUGGGGGUCAUGUUUUGAGAAAAAAGGGAUGGGAGGUGUUCCAUGUAAGUGGACACGGGUUUUUGUUUUGGGAUUUCCAUAAACUAGUUUAAUAUGGGAAUGGGUACUAGAUUAUCUCUGUAUUCUAUCAGGUGAUGGUUUGCUGCUGAAUGAGUGAGUAUAUAUUUCAUUACAACUAUGAAGUAGUGUUUGGAAGUUCCUGGAUAUUUGUAAAAUGAUUGGGUACAGUUAAAUGCUAAUCAUUUUUAUUUUUUCACUUCAGGGAAACACAAGUAGUGCAUCAACGGAUCUGCAUAUAAGGGUUCCAGCAGGUCUAUUUUUUUUCAGUGAUGGAAUGUAUUAUUGGAAAGUCAUGGAAGUAUAAUUGUU